AUGUCUUCCUCCAAGCCCUUUAUCCUCUUCUUCAAUCCCGUCAGGCAUGCAAAAGCCUACUACGAGGGCCUGCAAGAGGUUGCGCGAACAGAAGUGGUCACGAGCAAGUCGAGAGACGAGUUCUUCAAAGAUCUCGGGGGCAAGUACAAGGACAUAUCUGUCAUCUACAGGACCUCGGCCAGCGGCGCGGUUGCCGGUAAUUUUGACGACGAGUUCAUUCAGCGCCUGCCCGGGAGCUGCAGGCACAUCUGCCACAACGGCGCAGGGUACGACCAGAUCGAUGCCGAGGCCUGUCUGAGGCGGGGCAUCACCCUCACCUACGCCCCGGAUGCAGUCACCGAGGCCACGGCCGACCUGGCCAUCUGGCUCCUGCUCGGGGCACUCCGGCAACUCAACCCGUCACUCUCGUCACUGAGGGCCGGCAACUUCAAGAAGGGCAUCGACUUCGGCCACGACCCGCAGGGCAAGGUGCUAGGGAUCCUGGGCAUGGGCCGCAUCGGCCGCGCGAUCAAGAAGCGCGCCGACCCGUUCGGCCUGGUCACGCGCUACCACAACCGCCGCCCACUGCCCGAGGACGAGGCCGCCGGCGCCGAGCAUGUGUCUUUCGAGAGGCUGCUUGCCGAGAGCGACGUCAUCAGCGUCAACGUGCCGCUCAACGCGGGAACCAGGCACCUGAUCGGGCCGGGCGAGAUCGCCAGGAUGAAGGACGGCGUCGUCAUCGUCAACACGGCCAGGGGCGCCAUCAUCGACGAGGCCGCACUAGCCGACGCCCUCGAGAGCGGCAAGGUCGGCGCCGUCGGCCUUGACGUGUACGAGCGCGAGCCCGUCGUCAACGAGAAGCUGCUGAGGCAGGAGCGCGCGCUGAUGGUGCCGCAUCUGGGCACGCACACGACCGAGACGCUGGCUAAGAUGGAGGCGUGGGCCAUGGAGAACGCCAGGAGGGCCGUCCUUGGUGAACCGGUGCUGUCUCCGGUCCCUGAACACGUCGAGUUGCGUUCAAAACAGACGAAUGGAUCAGCAUAG